UCCCCAUAAUGCAGCUGAAGCCCCUCGCUCACUCUCUUUCCGUCGCUUCUUUUGCCCUUCUCGUUACAGAGGAGACGAACGAUGAAGCUCAAUAUUUCCUACCCAGCUAGUGGGUGCCAGAAGCUGAUUGAAGUUGAUGAUGAAAAAAAGCUUCGUAACUUCUUUGACAAGCGUAUUUCUGCUGAAUGCAGUGCUGAAUGUCUUGGGGAGGAGUGGAAGGGUUAUGUGGUGAGAAUCUCUGGAGGAAAUGACAAACAGGGAUUCCCCAUGAAGCAAGGAGUCAUGACAAAUGGCCGUGUGCGUCUUCUGCUCUCCAAGGGUCACUCCUGCUACAGGCCACGUAGAACUGGUGAACGUAAACGAAAGUCUGUGCGUGGCUGUAUUGUAGAUGCUCAACUCAGUGUGCUGAAUUUGGUCAUCAUCAAGAAAGGUGACAAUGACAUUCCUGGGUUGACAGACACCACUGUGCCACGCCGUCUUGGGCCUAAGAGAGUUGGCAAGAUCAGGAAGAUGUUUAACCUGUCCAAGGAAGAUGAUGUCCGGCAGUAUGUCAUCAGGAGAACACUCCCAGAGAAAGAGGGCAAGAAGCCCAAGACGAAGGCUCCCAAGAUCCAGCGUCUAGUCACUCCUCUAGUGCUGCAGCGCAAGCGCAAAAUCUUGGCCCUGAAGAAAAUGAGAGCACAGAAAGCUAAGCAGGAGUAUGCUGAGUACACAAGGCUUCUGGCCAAGAGAGCUAAAGAGGCAAAGGAGAAACGUCAUGAAAUGCUGAAGAAAAAGCGUGCUUCCUCAAGUCACCGGGAGUCAGUGAGCAGUGCAAAAUGAGUUCUGUAUAAAUUUUGAAACAUCCAAUAAAGGUGUGCAGAACAUUGAA